AUGGGGCUGGCCUGCACCCGUCCUUCCCUUUGGAGUUUGGUCUUUGCCACCCAGGGUGGCGUCACCUGGAUGACCUGCCCUGAGGCAGCAGAGAUGAAGAUGCUGAUGUCUGCCGAGGACCUCAGCUUCAACUAUGAAAUCCUACAACCGGCCAAAAAGUGGCUCAAGACUUGCCUAAGCUACUGCCUGGAGCAGGCGGAUGGGCCCUCCUGCCACCGCCCCUCCCCUGCAUUGCCUACUUCUCCACCCAGAGCACCCCCUUCCCUCUUCCUCAUCUCCCAGGGUCCUCCCAAGACUCCUUGCCAUGCAGAGGACUGCUUCAUGACUUGGUUCCACGACAUGCUGUCCCCUGACCAGGACUACCAGGUCACCUGGUACGCAUCCUGGAGUCCCUGCGCCGACUGUGCGGAUCUCGUGGCUGGCUUUCUGGCCAAGCACAAGAAUGUGAGCCUGACCAUAUUUGCUGGCCGCCUCUACUACCACCGUGACCCAGAACACCGGCGGGGCCUUCGAAGGAUGAAUCAGGAAGGGGCCCAGGUGCACAUCAUGUCGCUUAGAGAGUUUGAAUACUGCUGGGAAAAGUUUGUGGACAACCAGGGAAAGCCAUUCCAGCCUUGGGACGGAUUGAAUGAAAAUCAUCAAUUACUGGACACUCAGCUGCAGGAGAUCCUCGGCCCAGAAGCCAGCAGGAAGAAGCCCUGGAUACAGAACUUUGCUUCAGAAAUGGGUCCUCGAAAUACUCCUUGGCACACAGAACUGUGCUUCCUCACUUGGUUCCAGCGCACGAUGUCGUCUGACCAGGUCUACCAGGUCACCUGGUACGUUUCCUGGAGUCCCUGUGCCAACUGUGCACACUACGUGGCUGACUUUUUGUCCAAACACCCAAGUGUGAGCCUGACCAUCCUCACUGCCCGCCUCUACUACUUCUGGAGACAGGAUUACCGGCAGGGGUUCCUCAGGAUGGAUGAGGAAGGGGCCAAGGUGCAAAUCAUGUAUCAUGAAGGUGAGAAGUGGCCAUCAAGAGGUCCUCCCAAGACUCCUUGCCAUGCAGAGGACUGCUUCAUGACUUGGUUCCACGACAUGCUGUCCCCUGACCAGGACUACCAGGUCACCUGGUACGCAUCCUGGAGUCCCUGCGCCGACUGUGCGGAUCUGGUGGCUGGCUUUCUGGCCACGCACACGAAAGUGAGCCUGACCGUAUUCGCUGCCCGCCUCUACUACCACCGUGACCCAGAACACCGGCGGGGCCUUCGAAGGAUGAGUCAGGAAGGGGCCCAGGUGCACAUCAUGUCGCUUAGAGAGUUUGAAUACUGCUGGGAAAAGUUUGUGGACAACCAGGGAAAGCCAUUCCAGCCUUGGGACGGAUUGAAUGAAAAUCAUCAAUUACUGGACACUCAGCUGCAGGAGAUCCUCGGCCCAGAAGCCAGCAGGAAGAAGCCCUGGAUACAGAACUUUGCUUCAGAAAUGUGACUCUCUGCACACCUGACUGCUGAAGCUGCUUGUGGGACCCUGAAGCCAGUUUCUCUCCAGCUUCCGAGAGAAGUUACUGCCGCCCUAGGACCGACUCGCCCACCGCCGUGCUCAGCAGCGGCCCCUGCCAGCUCCUCACACCCUGACUGGUGCCAGCGAACCUUCUGGAAGAGCAAGAGCUAACACCUCC